UAAACGGAAGUCGGCUUGAAAUUAUUUUUUAAUUCUGCAAAAAGUAUAGCUGCGCAUGUAGAAAACUAUAAAUGCUGCGACCAUGUCAGUGAGCAGUUUGUCGCUAAGCCUACAAUUGGGCGAACAACAAUUGGCCAAACUUACCAACGACAAUUCGGAGAUUCGCAUGCGCGCCUUUGACCAAAUCGAGUCGCGUCUGUUGCGGGCUCUACAACAGGGCGAAACUAUUAACUUCAAGCCAGUAUAUUUAGUGAAACAGUUAAUACGUUGGUUUGGCUACACGCCGCCUCUGGCGGCCGACCGUGUCCUGUCACUGCUCCUGGACUUACUUCGAUCCGAUUAUGCCGAUGUAAUUAUGCGUAAAAUGCCGCUGGAACGUUUGCAGACCGAACUGGAGAAGGUGCGCAAAAUUGUGCGUUGUCUGGAAUCCAGAUCUAGCAGCGAUAUUUUAGAUGAGCUGCAGGAUCUGCUUUCGCAACGCUAUAACAGCAGUCGCAGCCGCAGCAGCAGUGGAUUUACAAGCCGUACGCCCUUAUCAGCAAUGCAGAGCUGCGCGGAUUGUCCAAUUACGGAUGAGACAACAGCAGCAUCGAUGACAUCAGAUCUAAGCCUGCUGGAUGGCGCUAUGCUCUCUGUGGAAGCUUUAGAUCCGCAGAAUGAUUUCGAACAGCCGUGGUCACGAGCUACCGUCGAUGAUUUGGCCAGUCUAACGAUGCUGAUGAGCUCGAUCAGUGCCAACGAUCAGUGUAAAUCGGAACUGCUGUUGCAGCUCACACAAUUGCGCAUACGGAUGUCCGAUUAUCCUAUCGAACAUUUUCUGCAGGCGCCAUACAUUUUCUUGCAAUUGCUGCGCCUGCAGCAUCGCAAGGACGAACGCUGCUGGCUCACUAUUAAGAAGGUGAACAGGACGCUGCUAACUUUCGUGCAAUUGCUGCGACGUCGUUUGCUGGCCCGCCGCCAAACCCUAAACUAUGCCCAGAGCAUGGAGCUGUCAGGCCGAUCCCAAGCCAAGGGACAAAUCCGUGUGCAGAGCGCCCUCAGAUUGCUGCUGAGUAACUGCCUCCAUAUGCUCUCCCCACUGGUGCGGGAUAAAACGCUCAAGGAUGACGCCAUUCAGCAAUGGCAUCUCUUCGAGCUCGCCGUGGAAACACUGCGAACCUUUGAAGUGCUGCAGGAACCCGUCGCGGCAGCCGUUUUGGAGAUGCUGCGAAAGCUGGCAGAUGAUUUAUUGUAUGCCUGCAACACGCUCAAGUCGGAUGGUAGAACUGAUAAUGAGUCGACCAGCAUGUCCCGCAUGGUGGCGCGCUUGACGUUGCCACGCCUGCACUCGCUGCUGUUCAAUGACCUUCUGCUGGAUGGCGUUGCUCUGAAUAUAGCCUGUGAUCCGUCGCCUGCCGAUAGACAAUCAUAUCGUCUGCUGUUGGAGCCGCUUAUUGUCGACAACACGUAUCUGGCCGGCAAUCCACAACGCAUGCGCCACAUCUGCAAUUUAAUGAGCUCGUCGCGAAGCGCUGACGAAGAUGGAUCGCUGGCAGCCGGCGAGCGGGAACAGCAAUUGAUACGUCUGAAGACGGCGUACAGUUUGGCGCUCAGCCAAUUGCAGCCAGAGUCCAAGUCGGAGCCAACACUGCUGCUCCAAAUGCAGCGACAGGUGUGUCUGGUGCUGAAUCAGUUGGGCAGUGAGCGACUCGUGCAGGAGCUGCUCGAUGCGAUAGUCAAAUGCACGCCUCUCUAUACGCCCCAAAGGGCGUCACUGCGUCGGGAGGCGGAAUCGCUGCUCAACACGCUGUUCGAGUUGCCCGACGAUCGCAUGAUUUUGUGCGUUUUCCGCACACUCGGCCGUCCCGUCAUUGCGCAUUUCCAUGCGCUCAUGAAUCGCACACAAUAUAUGAGCGGCUGCAACAAUCUGGAGCUAGUGCGUCGUCACAUUCUGGGCGUGCCGUGGAACAAGCAGCUCCUGCAAAAGCUCGUACAGCUCAGUUGGCCGAGGGAGAAUUCGAGUAGGGCGACGACCACACCCUCAAAGGUGCAGCAAUGCUGCCUCGAUUGCAUCACCAUGCUGCUAAAGGUGGGCAACUUGGUGGGCAAGCAGGACUUUCAGUCGUUUGCGCAACUAUUCCUGCCCGUACUGCCGCUGAUAAUCGCACGUAGCGUGGGGCAGGAGCAGUUGCAGCCGGUUGUGUGGCAGCUGUUGGAACCGGACACCUCGUUUCUCACCCCACCCGAUAUGCUGCGCGGCAAUGUGUGUUUCAUGUUCGUUGCGGAUGCAGGAUUGCGUCAGGAGGCGACCACUCGUGUGGCCUACACGCUCCGAUGUGAGGACUAUGCGGGAAAAUUUAAACCAAAUAUGGCGAAGCUAUCAAGCGAUAUUUUUCUAAAGAACUUUUGCGUGGUGGAGCCUCCACGUCCCUAUGACAGCAUUUACUCGGAAAGCUCUACACCCAGAGCCUGGGAGCAGCAGCAGCUCGAUUUACAGUCCUUGCUGCGUCUGCUAAGCACGCCCGAUCUCAAGCCUUGCAUACACAAAUCGACGCUUGUGCAGCUGAACGUAUUGCUGCAGGAUUGGCGUCUCGCUGGCACCUUCAAUGACUACGAAAUGCUGCUGAAGGCACUGUACAUGCCGUUGCGCGCUGAUCCUUCGUCCAAUGAUGGCGACAUCGACACAUUACAGCCCACGGUGGGUAUUCUGAUGAAGUUGCUAAUCAACAGCGCCGAUCUGCGUCGACAAAUGCACGAAUGCUUUGAGGUGCUGGUCUGUCUGCUGCGCAUUUUCUUCCUGCAGCCGCUGGCGGAGCAGCUAUGCGCGGAUGUGGCCAUUUGUCUGUUCCUGCUGCUCUAUCAUGAGCACGUGCUGACCACCGAGGAGCAGCUGCUGCUGAAUGCACCGCUUCUGCCGGCGCUGCAUGUGCCGCUUACCCACAACUUGGACGAGAGUACACCGCCCUCGCCAGCCACUGAGGGCUUGGCGCUGGAACGCCGUCUCGUCGACACUCACUUCUUUGGACGCGCCGCCAGCGCUGCCCAACAUUGGCGUCUCUUCAUCGCGCAUCGCAUCAGCAAGCCGGCGGGUGAAAUUUGUCUAGGAGCGCUGCAGAAACUGGACAUAACCGACUACCUCCGGUUGCAGCCUAUCGAGCUGGCUCUAGUGAAGGCGACCUGCGUAAAUCGGCAGCUGGAACAGCAGCUGGUGAUGGCUUGCAAUUCCAGUAAUCAUACGACUCUGGAACAGCUCGCUGCCUUGUUCCAAAUCUUUGUCGUUCAACUGGGAUGUUCGGUGGCGCCGGAACAGGCCCAACAAAUGUGGAAACUUCUGCACAAGUAUUUGCGACUCACUCCCAAAAAUCUGGCCGAUCGACAACUGCACAGAGUGUUAAUGGAGCUGUGUCUCAGCUGUCUGCGUCAUGGCUGGACGCCGGUGCUGGAGGGAUUGAAUGAGGCGCUGGAAACAGAUCCGCAUCAUAGCUUUCUCGUCAUGCUCAUGGAUCGUGCUGAGCCACUUCAUGUCUAUCAAUUGCUCGGCGAGUGCUUCGAACAGCUCCUUAAGGUGCAGAGGGAGGAGGAUCAGAGAGUUUUCAGCUGGCAUGGCCAACUUUUUACCGAACUGAGUGCCGCUCUGCGCACCCUCUUCGAUCUCCGCCAACUCCAACAUGCCCGCUGUGUUCUUGGCGUUCUCCGCUGCCUCUCCCAGCAUCCCUUGCAGCUCAGCGAUACCUCGAUGCGGCAUUAUAUCCAGCACUUUGUGCGCCUUUCUAGCGAGCUGCGCGCCUCCACCCAAACGGGCGCCCAAUGGCAACGUGGCUGUUUGUACAUCAUCUGCCAAUUGCAACUACAAUGCUCUGCACCGUCUGCCAAUUCCAAUUCAGGGCAAGAAUCGUGUGCGACUUCCAAUUACAAGUUUCUGCGCUAUCUGCUCGGACUCUGUGGACACAGCGACGGUGAGGUGCGGGGUCUAGCCUGGGUAUGCAUGGCCAAUUGCAUUACCAGAAUUGCGGUUGGCCAGAUUGAGGAAUUGCUGCCACAGCUGGACUUUUUGCCGGGUGGUCUGCCCGCUUGCUGUCUCACCACGCUGCUGGACGUUUUCGAAACAAUGUUGGUGCGACAAUUGGCGGGACGGGUGCUGCUGUUAUUGAUGCCUGCGCUGGGCGGCGAGGCAGCUAUUGAGCUGCUGGAGCGACAUGCAUUCAUGCGCGAAGCGCUGGCUUCGUUUAGUGCCCUCCAAAUGGAUAUGCAGUUGCCACGCUCCUUUCCACUUAAAGGGCCUCUGCAUUCGUGCGAAAUACUGAGCUGUUAUGUCGCCAUCUGCGCACGUGUCGUCGUCCUGCAGCCCAGCUGGUGUGGCAAGCUGAUGGAGCACGCAUUCAUUAUUGGUCUGCCAGAUCUGUUGAAGGUGACGCCGCCGCCCCGAGCUCGUCGCGCCGCCUACUACCAGCUCUGCAACCAUAUCUGCGAGCUCUACGCCCUCUGCUAUGGACAGCAGGAGCAUUUUGCGUAUUUGCAGCGCAGCAUUUGCCGGGACCCCAUCUUUCUGCGCACCUUUGUGACGCUGCUGGAGGAGCCGCAGCUAACGGAUGGCCAACUGCUGUCACUGCUGAAGCUGCUGCUCGUCUUCUGCAAGGACACGAAUGCCUAUGGCUGUUUGUGUGAGCAGUUCAAGGAGCGUCCGAAGGUGUUGCUGCAGCUGCUGCUGAAGGGACUCCGUCUGAAACAGCUGGGAACGGCCCUACAACGGUAUACGCUGUCUGCGCUCACACUGCUGCUUGUACGCUCGCAGCAUAUGGAGGAGCAGCUAAAUUUGGUGCGACUGCUGGAGGCGCAUGCGCCGAUCACUGAGAAUGCUGUCGAAGUGCGUGAGGAUGUGAUGCAGCAGCUCGACUCCUAUUCGGACAAAGAGAACUCGCACGUAAAUGACUUAAGUAAUAGGCUAGACGAGCUGAACUUAGGAAAGCGCCAGAAGCACAAGCAACAGGAGGCCAAGGAGGAGCCACCAUUAACGGACCGGAAUGCGGCUAUACUACUCUAUCUGCAGCUAGAUCGUCUCUUCGACCAAUUGUAUCCCACAAAGAGUUACAAUUUUCGACAUCCGCCAGAUGUGACGCAUGUCCAGGUAUGCGAGGCACUGGGCGUGCUGUUGAAGCUUUCACCCUGUGCUCAGAAAGCCUCGCGUCCUCUCCGCUUACUUGAACGUGUGCUGCAGCUAUUGGAUCACUUCCUAAACGAUCCCAACGUUGGCAAUGCCAGCGUCUAUAUGCGACGCGUAGGCGCCCACAAGGCCAAGGAUAUACUAAGCAAUCUAAUCGUGCUGUUGAACAUGCUCCUUCACUGGCACAGUUCCCAUCAUGCCCUCAUCUCGGAACCCGCCAUGGCCACGGGCUGUAUGCAUCUUUUAUUACGCAUCUGGCCCUGGUUGUCGCACUCGGCACACCUUAAGCAGCUGUGCUUACGUCUGUGCGUCUUCCUCACUGAACACUCCUUUGAGAUGUGCAAGCAGGCGUCCCUAAUUCCAUCCAAUCACUCCCAGUCACUGCUGCAGUUGAUGGUGCGUGUGGCCGACCAUGAGACGACCAAGAAGGAGGCACCCAGUACAACCACCAACGGCGCGUACCUUGUGGAAGCCGUGCUUCGUGUCAUGAAGAACUGCUGUGCCUGUAGCGAAGGACGUCUUAGUCUCGUCAAGCUGCAUGUAUUGGACAUUUUCGACAUCAUAUUUCCGGGCAGUGGGAAUUCGUCGGCUGCUCUCAAAGUGAGGCCAGAACUGCUGCUGGCCUGGCUCAGCUUCUGGGAAGUUUAUUCCCGGUACGAUGUGGGUGCCAAGGCGUGUCACGUGCACGCCCUCCUAAAUGGCGUGCGUCGCUCACCACCGCUAAGCGAAAAGCGCAUGCUCUGUUUACGUAUCCUGCGUAACAUGUGCUUCUAUACCGGCAAUCGCACCCAACUGGUGGCCAUGGAUGAGUACAUAAAUCUCAUGCGCGAUAUUGUUGCUCAGCCGGUGCGGGACAUGGAAAUACGUAUUGCGGGAGGCAGUGACGAAGAAGCUAGUAUGAUUAACUCGUACGAGGAGCACCAUUUGGUCACAUUGUGCUUGUGGAAGCUGUUCGGCUUCGGGGCCAAGUACAAGGCCAUGCUGCGAAGCACCAAAUUGGCCAAACAAUUGGCCCGCCUCAAGGAACAGCUUGACUUCUUGGAGACGCAACGUCCGGAAAACUUUCGAAAGCUGUCACACGCCAAGGAGCUCAGCAAAAUAAUCACGAAUCUUUUUGCAUCAAUCAAGGAAUGAGACACACUUGAAUAUGUAUAAAUUAAAUAUUUUUUUAUUAGUUUUAA